CGCUCUCUGGGCAGCCUAGCAACGAUAACUGGCUUUUAGGAACAGGUACAUUCGCGUCAACAUUUAAACACAGUCGCCUUCACUUCAUUGAGUGCGUUCUGUGAGCCUCGCUUUUGACAAAGGAGAUAGCCUACUAUAUAUAAACUGCUACACAAUUCGACUAACUGGACCCAAGAGUACCAGGAUGACAACCCAGAAGAGUGCCCCAGUGGACCGAGGCUGUGCUGUGGCCGUCAUCAUCUUCAUGCUGGGACUGGGCACACUGCUGCCAUGGAACUUCUUCAUCACCGCCACUGAGUAUUUUGACGACCGCCUCAAAGGGACCGCGUUAAGUAACGGAACCACCCCGGUUACUAACGGAACCACCCCGGUUACUAACGGAACCACCCCGGGUUACUAACGGAACCACCCCGGGUUACUAACGGAACCACCCCGGGUUACUAACGGAACCACCCCGGUUACUAACGGAACCACCCCGGUUACUAAAGACUACAAGUUUGCCAGCUGGAUGACUCUUCUAGCCCAGUUACCCCUGCUCCUCUUCACCCUGGCCAACUCCUUCCUGUAUCAGCGUAUCAAAGAGAAGGUCCGGAUUGCUGUCAGUAUGGUCUCCAUCCUCUUCCUCUUCCUCCUCACUGCCAUCAUGGUCAAGGUGCCCAUGCAGCCCCACAGCUUCUUCUCUAUCACCAUGGCAACUAUCUGGUUCAUCAACUCUUUUGGAGCAGUGCUCCAGGGCAGUCUGUUUGGGCUGGUGGGUCUGCUCCCCCCGAGGUACAGCACAUUGUUUAUGAGUGGUCAGGGAUUGGCAGGGAUCUUUGCUGCCAUGGCUAGUCUGUUCUCUAUCCUCAGUAAAGCAGACAAGGCCAGUGCUGCUCUUGGGUACUUCAUAACCCCCUGUGUGGCAACACUGGUCACCUUGCUUAGCUACUUACUACUGCCACACCUGGUGAGUGGCUACAGCAGUUUCAUGACAGGAGGACAACAGAGUUUGCCCAGUGACCAACCUGAGACCACAGACGAGCUUCUCAAGGGGGCCGUACUGACUAUUUUCUCACUUCCUCUGAAAGACAAAGAAAAAUUAGCGUUGGUCAAUGGCGACCUAAAUGGCUUCAACAAUAAACCCAUAAUAACCAAUGGUGAUUUUGAGGCCAGUGGGACCAAAGAAGCCCUGUUCAUGAUGGAGCAGACUGACAGUCACACCAGGUCAUCUGUCCUGGCAGUCUUCAAAAAGAUUUGGGUGAUGGCCCUUUGUGUGACAUGUGUGCUGCUGGUCACACUGUCAGUUUUUCCUGCUGUCACAGUAAAAGUGAAGAGUGUGUAUGGAAACAAGGAGUGGGACCAAUACUUUCUCUGUGUCUGCUGCUUCAUCGUCUUUAACGUCAUGGACCUGAUUGGCCGCAGUGUCACCUCUAUGGUUCAGUGGCCCUCAAAGAGAAGCGGUCUGUUCCCUGUGCUUGUGGUGUCCCGUGUGGUCUUCAUCCCUCUCAUCAUGCUGUGCAACAUUGACAACCGCCAGUACCUGCCAGUCCUGUUCUCCCAUGACAUUGCCUUCCUUGUUAUCAUGACAUUAUUUGCCUUGUCCAAUGGCUAUUUAAUUUGUCUCUGCAUGUCUUACGCACCUCAGUUGGUGAGGACUAAAGACUGUGAGACAGCGGGGGCCUUGAUGACCUUCUUCCUGGCUCUGGGUCUGGCUCUGUCUCUAGGGGCAGCGCUCUCUUUCCUCCUGAGGAACCUGCUCUAGAAUAUUUAUGAUUUACUCACUGAAGGGAAAUAGAUGAGACAUCUUCCAUAAUGCCGACGCAAAUGUAUAUGGAUAUUUAAAAUGAAGUAAGGUUAUUGUACACUGAUCUACACUGAACAAAAAUAUCAACGCAACAUGCAACAAUUUCAAAGAUAUUACUGAGUUACAGUUCAUAUGAGGAAAUCAUUAGGCCCUAAUCUAUAGAUUUCAUAUGACUGGGAAUACAGAUUUGCAUCAGUUGGUCACAGAUACCUCAAC